AUGUCCGAUAAUGCAGACUACUGGGUCGAUGCAGGGGGUAAGGUCUUCACAUUUAAAUUUCCCGCAACACUGGACCUCAAUAGUCAAUAUAAUUGGACAGGUCCAUACUUCAAUCUUCCUCGAACUGGUCUUGACCUUGCUGCAUUGAAAAAGAUGUGGGCCCAGUUUGAACUUCGGCCUCUAGAUGCCAUGGCCACUGACAAGUAUCCAAUGGAAGCCAUCAAAUGCAGUGGUAACACCCUUGACAUGUUGAAUGUCCUAUUUGGUGAGGUGGAGGAGGCUAGGAAUGCAUUUCUCGAUAAGAAUGCUUACCCCAAGGAUGUGCCUUUCUGGUGUCAAUAUCCCCAUGGCGAGAAUCAGUGUUUCACUAUCAUCGUGAUGUCAAUCCCUUUGCUGGAAGACAUCCCUGAUCCGUCGCAUGCCUCGGUGCCUCGCUUGAAGAGGAUGGACAUCGGAAAAAGUGACAUGAUGCAUAGUCCCUCCAAUGCUAGAGCUGCUGCAAUGGCAGGUGGGGGGUCAGGCAAUGAUGGGGAGGGUUCUACUCAAAUGAAUGGUCAUCAACACCUGUCUGAUUUGCCUGAUCCCCUGGGCCUUUACACUGGAUUUAUUGCACAGUUCAAUCUGUGUGAUACUAAGAUUGUGGCCCCAGAUGUACUGCCUGAUGCAUCCAUCACCACCACCACUUUUGCCGAUCUUUGUAAAGGAAAGUGCAAAGCUAUUGACGAAGCAGGAGAUAGUGGGCCAAGCAAGAAACCAGUCCACGUGGAUGAUGCAGCUGACAGUGCAGGUGAGGAGGUUCAUGAGGAGGAGGAGGAGGAGGAUGACUUGUAUGGAAGUAUGGAAGAUCCGAAGCAUAUGAUGGACAUUGAGGAUUGA